UCCUGAUCCUCCGUUUAUGUGUGCUGAAUCACGUGCUGAAUAGACCGUCGAUCAACUACGGACUUUAUAUACUCGGGACAAUAAAAGCAGAAGGUGAGUUCAUGGCCUAACCCCAGGUCUUCAGCUUCCUCCUGGGGGCGUGGCUGUCCAGCGCCCCGUCUAAUUACACAGGAAGUGCUAACAGCUUCGCCGCGCUAAACUGUGGCCAUGCCGGCUCUCGCUACAGGACCGGGCCCUGACACAGGUCUGUACGAGCUGUUGUCAGCGCUGCCGUCUCAGCUCCAGAUGUACGUAAAGAGUGCAGAUGAUCGCUCUUUUCUUCACACCAUGUUUAGCGCCCGGAGCCUGCACACACUCGUCAAGAUCCAUGAGAAGUUACAGCACUAUGAGGAGAGGUGUCCUGCUCCUGUACUAGACAGUGCUGGUGCUCUCGCUCAGGGAGUGUCUGCCGAGCUCCAGACCAAACCUCUGAGUGCAGACGUCACCGAGCUGCUGAAGCUGCUGUCCAACCCUCAUGUGAAGAGUUUGUUGUCGGUCCAUGACACGGUGGCUCAGAAGAGUUAUGAUCCUGAGCUUCCUCCUCUUCCAGACGACGUCGAUGAUGAUGAAGAUUCGGUCAAAAUCAUCCGCCUGGUCAAGAGUAAAGAGCCUCUAGGAGCCACCAUUAAAAAGGAUGAGAAAACCGGAGCCAUCACCAUCGCUCGCAUCAUGAAGGGCGGAGCAGCAGACAGGAGCGGCCUGAUCCAUGUGGGAGAUGAGCUGAAGGAGGUCAACAGCAUCCCAGUGGAGGGCAAGAAACCAGAGGAUGUCAUUCAGAUUCUGUCCCAGUCAGAGGGUGCCAUUACAUUUAAAGUGGUACCGGGUCCAGAGGUAGAUGGUCCAGCUAAUGAACACAAGAUGUACGUGAAGGCCCUGUUUGAUUUUGACCCGGAAGAGGACAAUGCGAUUCCCUGUAAGGAGGCAGGUAUGUCCUUUAAUAGGGGCGAUGUGCUGCGGAUCAUGUCCCAGGAGGAUGCUACGUGGUGGCAGGCCAAAGUCGAGGGCGGAGCCAACCCUCGCGCCGGACUCGUCCCCUCAAAACACUUCCAGGAGCGGAGGUUCGCUCUCCGGCAGCCCAUAACCAACACCCAGCCUCAGAAGGUUUCCCGGAAAUCAUCUUCUUUACGGAGGAGCUUCCGUCUCAGCAGAAGAGGAAAGAAGACGAACAAGUCUAUGUACGAGUGUAAAAAGAGCGAGCAGUACGACACCGCUGAUGUUCCCACCUAUGAAGAAGUGGCUCCGUACUGCAGGGCUAACGGGGCCAAGCACAGACUCGUCGUCAUGGUCGGUCCUACAGGUGUGGGUAUGAAUGAGCUGAAGAGGAAGCUGUUAAUCUCAGACCCGCAGCACUUCAGCAUCACCGUCCCUCACACGUCUCGAGUGAAGAGGAAUCAGGAGAGUGACGGUGUGGAGUAUCACUUCAUCUCUAAACACCUGUUUGAAACAGACGUCCAGAACAACAAGUUUAUCGAGCACGGUGAGUAUAAGGGAAAUUACUACGGGACAAGCCUGGACUCUGUCCGCUCGGUUCUAGCCAAAAACAAGGUGUGCCUUCUGGAUGUGCAGCCUCAUUGUCUGAAGCACCUUCGCACGGCCGAGUUCAAGCCCUUCGUCGUCUUCGUCAAGCCUCCGUCCAUCGAGCGUUUGAGAGAGACGAGGAAGAGCGCCAAAGUCAUCUCGGGAAAAGGAGACAAGGACUCGUCCAAAUCCUUCACGGACGAAGACUUCCAGGAGAUGAUCAACACGGCUCAGCUGAUGGAGAACCAGUACGGUCAUCUGUUCGACCUGGUGAUCGUGAACGACGAGCUGGCGUGUGCGUUCGGCGAGCUCAAACAGGCUCUGAGGAGGGUGGAGACGGAGACGCACUGGGUUCCAGUCAGCUGGACGCACUCCUGAGAGAACGCCACACGCCGGCACACGGGACUGGAAAAAAAAACUUUAAAAAUAAAAAGGACGGAAAAUGGGAAACCGUUUCUGCGCGGCGCGAAUGCUGGCCGAGCUUUCGUUUAGCCUAAAUCUGGUGAUGGGGAGUGUUUUUUUUUUUUUUUUUUUUUUUCUUUUUCCUGGUGGGAGAUUUUAACAGCUCUCUGACGCUUUUAUUGGGACGCUAAAAGAAGGAAUUUAAGUUUUGCUUAGUGUGUACUUGGUUGGCAUGGACGGACUGGGAGCGAAGUGUCUAAUUACACUCGAAACGUUGUUAAACACAGGAUCGUUUAAUAGCAGCUGUCGAAGUGUGUGUUUACUUGACAGCCGGUCGGGCGGUGUGAUUUUAACUUUUAAUUUAUACACACCAAAGGGAUGAGUUUUCAUUUUUAUUUUUUUAAUUCCUGUGUGGGCUGACUACAUUUUUGUGAUUUUUGGGAAGUCUUAAAUCAUGAUUUUUUAAAAAUUAUUAUUUUUUUAAAACAAGACAACACCGAAGAACGAUCUUCUCUCAUGUUAUAUUUAACUUGAAAGGUAAUAUAUUUUAAUAAUUUUGGGGGGAUUGUGCACAUUUUAUGAACAAAAGUAAUAUCCUGACUUUUCUAGAGCAGCGUUCUUCAGAUGUUCUAGACUGCAAGCAGGUGAUGGUUUUAUAUUUUUUUAAAUAUUACGCAUUUUCCAUUUUCUUUUUUAUUAUUAUUAUUAUUAUUUCUGUGUCGAGACAUUUACAGAAGGCGUAACAGCUAAACUCUUAUUACAGGUACACAUCUCUAUGGCGUUACACCGUAAAAAAACUCCCACUAAAAGUUUCUUUUAUUCCUUAAACGCCCAAGAAGCACAAAUCUACUUUUAUAUAUUCAUUUCCCACACAAAUUUGAAUUAUUUUUAACAUUGUUUAUAAAUUCAUUAAUAUCGUUACGUGGAAGAUGGAAAAACUAAAUUUAUUUUCCUUGAUUUAGCAUAACUGUAGCCUUAUCACUAGAAUAUUACCUAAAUAAAUAUUUACACCAUAGUCCAAAAAUCUAAUAUAAAGCAGCUUUUAAUGCAUAUGCAUAAAUUUGCAAUUUAGCUGCGUCUGCUUCUAUCGCAGCCAGGCUAAUAUCUUGGUCAUUAACAUAAACCUAGCUAGAAUGCUAGUAAAGUAGCUCAUAAGACAGAAUGUUUUAAAAAAAUAAAAUAAAAAGAAGUGACCAUAACAACUGGGAUUUAUUAUUAUUAUUUUUUGUUAAUAAUUGUUUUUAGAUUAGCUAGCUAGCACAGAUUGCAGUUGCAUUCACUAAAAGUCUGCAGGUCCUGGAAAGUUACGUUUAUAUGAAAUAAUACACCAGAUUAUAUGAAGCUACUGUUGUGAUGAGGUUUCGAGCGCGCAGCCGGAGUACUGCAGAUAUCACAGCCAUUGAUUUUAUACAACAGUUCCACAAACACCAUUUUUUAUCAAUAGAUUAUGAUUGGUUUCUUUAUUUAACCAUUUUUUUUGCUUGGCCAACACGUAUCCUUUAGUGUCUGGCGGAAAUAACUAACCGCGACUGACGGACCUGACAACUGACAGUUAACGAGCAACAGUUAAUUAACACGGGUGACAGUAGUUUUUAACUCUUAGCGGUACUCUGUAGCCAAAAGGUGAGGAGAAUGAACCAUGGAGGUGGUGGACAGUCCUGAGAAACUCACCAGAUUUACUUUAUAUUUCCACUUUUUCCACUUUACCAUAUUACCUAUUUAAUUUCCGGGGUCUGGGGUUAAAUUCCCCCCAAAAUAUGAGGGGUGUACAAUUCCUUGUACCAAGUAGGGCCCUUGAUUAGCAGUUAGAGAGAGAUUUGGGAUUCAACCUUGUGUUAGAAGCUAGUUAGCUUUGUAGCUGGUGUUAGCCGUGAACAGAACGACACGGGUGAUUCAGAGCGACUUAGAAGUGAUUAGUGCAGAGACGGCGUGUUGUUUAAGACGACAUGAUGUUAUCAGAUGUGUGUUCUUACUGAAAGUGCUUCUGUGACUGGGUGUGAAUGCGGGUUUUGUCAGACAGCUGCUCUCUCCUCAGUACUGCGGACCGUACAGACCUACUCUCACCCACGCUGAGACACACAGUUAGUGUCAUUAACCACUGGACAACGCCUGGGACACGCCCACUCAUACAUAUAGUUACAGCUCCCUAGUUUGGAGUUCAGCUGCGAUUUUGUAGCCCCUGAAACUCAAAAUUUGUUUUACACUGAUGUAUUAAGAGUUUAGGGUGAAAUAAAAAAAUUAAAAAAAUUAAUCUAAUUAAUCGGACAACACUUUCAAAAAACACUAUGGCAGUUUAAACCUUGUGAUUAAUUGUGUUUAAUUAAAUACUACUAUAAUCAUUACAAAUGCAUCAAAGCCUAGAAACAGAACUAUGCAAUUAGCCUACUUAUUGAAAUUUUAGCAAGCUAAAAAUAACCAUAAAAAAAGUUAGCAAAUGUUAUGUCUGUCCUGCCAUACCAGCUAGCUGUACAUCACCAAGUACAUAGUUAACGAACUCACAUUUAGGUUGAUUUUCAGUCUCUAUUUGCAUGAGUUUCAAUUUAAAAUAUUACAUCACCAUAAACAUAAUAACUUAAGCUUGAAGUUUUUGCAGCUAAAAUAUUUUUUAUGUACUAAUUACUAGUAUAUUAUUAUAAACCUAAGUUUCAUCAUAACUUCGUAGAUUUCAUUCGAAGCAGAGUAAACGCCAAGCUCCAGAUUGUUUUGUACCUUUUUACAAAUGCAGACCUUUUUUUUUUUUAAAUGGUAAUUAUUUAAUCAGUUCAAAGUUACAUAAGCCCUCCAGUCCCUUCUUUUAGCCUCAGUAACAAUCUUAACAUCGUUGUUAAGCUCAUAAUCAUGUCUUCAUCAUAUUAACACUAAAGCGCUGCAAUCUAAUCACUCCACUUUGUUUUCUUGCUUUUGGAUUCCUAAACUCAUUCGGAUAUACAGUAGUGUAGGACGUAAUGUAGAUGUAGUACACAUGUAGCACCAAAGACAGGAAAAAUAACACCAGUCAGCUUAAACAUGCUAGCUAUAAACAAAGCACAAGGGUUUUUAAGCUAAGUCUAUGCAAAGUUCCACAGAGCACAUGAUACUUCUUAUUGUACACGUCUUCAGGAUCUCCGAUUGGUUCUCCGCACCUCUGUUCUUAUACCGAGGGCUUAAGGGCCAAAUUGUACUAUUGUUUUCUUUGUUUAAUUUGUCUAGAUGUAUGUAAAUUUACAGCAUGAUGCAAGUUUGUGAUGAAUAAAAGAGUUGAAAGUAGACAUUUAUAGUUGGUAAAGCUCAAAUGUGCCUAACUGCCUUUCAACUCCAAACCAAUCAAAACUUAAACCUAUACAGCACAUAUGUGGUCGUUACUGUGGAGUUAAUUUUCUUUUUCCAACAAUUAACAAAAAAACAUUUUUUAGCCUUUAUGGUUCCUUGGUUUGUCAUUUUAAUUCAGCCUAUUUUAAACUGAUCUCAAUAUAACAUUGUGUUGAAACUAUUUCACCUUGAUGCACCGCUGUUCAGGGGUUGUAGUUCUAGUUUGAAUAAAAGCAUGUUAGCAUUGUGUAAGGAAUUAAUAUCACUUACAUAAUAGCAGCUGAAAACACUCGUUCCUUCUCCAGUAUAUAUUUAUUUCCUCUUUGGACGCUAACACACAAAAAAAUAAAAAAUAAACACUGCACCUCCUGAUUUUUCCUGAGACAUGUUUGUUCUUUAACUUCUUGACUUUUACAAAGCACUGAUACCGGAGACUCCUUCCAUAAAUGUAAAAAAAAAAAAAAAAGUAAAACGUACCUUCCGCAAUGUAAUCCAAGUUAGUUGCUAUAGAAACGAUAACAUAUCAGAACGAGUGCAUUGAUUAUAACCCUGCUCUACCUUCAGAGCUGCUGUUGUAGAGAAUAUAGCACCAGCUUCUGACCAAUCAGAAUCCAGGAUUCAACAGCGCUGUGGAUUUUUUAAUUUUUAAGAACGUACCAGGAUUGUUUCCAAGUUUUGUGUUACUUUCAUUUUGAAUUUAAUCUCAGCCUAAUGUAUCACCUGAACCUGGGAUUAACCCAGAGAGCUGGACGUAAUGUCGUUAUUCCACCAUGUUUGAGUCGUCUCGAUUUUAAAAUACAAACACCACUGAUGCCAUGAUGUGAUUUUAUUUUGUGGGAUAUUUUUUAAGUUAAGAACAUGUCCAAGCAAGUGAAGAUUUAUUGAACAGAGAUGUAAAGGGUGUUUGAUAUUUCUUCUUUAUGAGAUUGUUCUCUUUCAGAUAAACUGUACCGUACAAGACCACUGAAUCUAUUCUGUGCCUCAUUUCAAGAGUUUAACUUAAAAUAAGUAAAGUAGGAUUGCAGUCUAAUAUCAGUUUAACAGCAAUCUAAUAAAGAGAAACAGAAGUUGAGGUUUUUGUUUAUUUUACCAUGUGUGUUUUUGCUGUAUGAAUGUUUGACAGAAUGUUAUUAAAUGUGAUUUUUAAAUCUU